AUGACGCCCUUCAGUGACAGCGCCUUGUGCGCUCCUACUCCGAAGCCUUCCGUGCCGUCCGGCGGUGCAAGGGCUCCUGCUGCCACACCCGCUGCACGCACCACUCCGGAAAGCAAAACGAGCCAGCAGAAGCUAUUCGGGCUGAACGGAUAUGGGCACGUAAAGAGCGAGGGUGUCACUAAGAAGCCUAGGGUGGAUGCGCCGCCUCCGGCCGCCGUGCCAAGCCACCGGCCAGCAGAAGCGCAAGCGCAGGCAGCAGCUCCCGGGGCAACGCAACCGACGCAGCCAAGAGUCGAGAGGAUAGCUACAUCAGCGCCAGGCGAGAGUGCAGCAAACACGCACAAAGACUUCCAGUCGUUCGUGUCCCAAAAGUUGGCGCAGCCCAGCAGCAGUGCGGCGGCACCCUCAUCCCAGGUCGCCCCGGCUGCGAUAUCGCAGAGCGACGCGUUGGAAGGCUCCCUGUUUGAGUGCGACGACCCCUGCGAAGCCAUGGAGCUGGACGACGCAAGCUGCAAUGACCGCCCAGUGAGCUACGUGGAAAAGGUGACGCGCGAUAACACCUACGUGGACAGCGGCUACUUCGUGGUGGAGGAGAGCGAUGAGUACGUUCAGGUGAACUCGCCUGCCCGAGGGCCCACCUCGGCUCCGCUGAAGCAUGGCCGGGAAGAACGCAGCUCGGAGGAAGCCUCAGAAGCAGCUCCACCAGAUGACGCUGACGUGAGUUCGUUGCUGAGUGCUGUGUGA